CGGCGGCGAGCCCCUCGCCGGGCCCGGCGCGCGCGGCCGCGAGCCCCAGCGGCCGCGGGGGCCAGCGCAGGCCCCGCGCCCUCACGACCUCGGCCCUGGGGGAGCUCAGGAGGGCCAGGUGCCGCAGGGCAGGGCCGGCGCCCGUCCCGCAGGGCGGCCGAGAGGCCGCAGACGACCUCCGCGUAGCAGUUGCGCAGGGCCAAACGCCCGAAGGACGUGCACCAGCGGGUCACCCCGGCGAAAGGGUCACUCUUGCGUGCCACCGAGCGGGGGCAGCAGCUCCUCUAGCGCCUCCGGGAAGAGCAGCUCCACGUCCAGCUCCGUCAGCUUGUCUGCCGAGGCGUCCCCGCGUGCACGGCAUACAGCCCCACCUGCGUCGCCCGCAGCGACAGCACCCGCCCCCACGGCGCCCCUCCAGAACGGCGGCGUCCCCGCCGCCGGUCCCGCUCCUCCUGCAUGCGGGCUCGCUCCGCCCCCUCUUUUAGUUGAGCAACAGUGACAUAAACAUUGCAACUCGGAGGU